AUGGAGUUGACCGGUCCACUGGCGCUGGGACGGGGUCAAAACGGAGGAUCAGGGCAGGCGGAAGUGGAACUUGGUGCGGACGAGUCGUGGGACUCCGGCGAGGCCUUGGGCGGCAGACGGACGGAUCCGGGAGGUCUUGACGACGAGGAGCCGGUUCCUGGUACUAGGAGCGCGGGGCGGCUCAAUGAACAGCACCGGGUGGCGGCGCUUGAACUUGUUGCAGCCACAGUGAUGAGCGGUAGGCCGCAUGCGCAAGGAAGGAGGUGUGGAGCACCAGAUCCGAAGCGGGGGAAUGGGAGGAGGUUGGAUUCGUCGCGGCUCAUCGGAUCUUGCCGAAGACGGGGCAAAACCGAGGUCGAAGAGGCGUAG